AGCUAAUUCCAUACAUUUCUGUAAUUAAUUCAAAGUAAUCCAUAAUUUUUCUGUCUAAUGACUACUGGCAAUUAUAAAAGCGUGCCAUUUUGAGUGUUAAGAGUAACAAUUGACUCUCUACUCCUCUCCAUCAUAAAAGCUUUUUACCAGUUUUACAAAAUCAAUGGCCGGAAAAAGUAAGAUUCUGUUCAUCGGCGGUACUGGCUACAUAGGAAAGUUCAUCGUGGAAGCUAGUGCUAAAGCUGGUCACAAUACAUUUGUCUUCGUCAGAGAAUCCACUCUUUUCGAUCCUACCAAAACCAAACUCAUCGAUACUUUCAAAAGUUUUGGCAUCACUUUCCUCCAUGGAGAUUUAUAUGAUCAUGAGAGUUUGGUGAAGGCGAUAAAGCAAGUGGAUGUUGUGAUUUCUACCGUAGGUCAUGCCCUUUUAGCUGAUCAGGUCAAGAUUAUUGCUGCUAUCAAAGAAGCUGGCAAUGUCAAGAGAUUCUUUCCCUCUGAAUUUGGGAACGAUGUAGAUCGUGUCCAUGCUGUCGAGCCUGCUAAAACAGCAUUUAAUACUAAAGCUCGAAUUCGUCGCGUUGUUGAGGCUGAAGGAAUACCAUUCACUUAUGUGGCCACUUUCUUUUUUGUUGGUAAUUCUAUUCCAAAUUUGGCACAGCCUGGAGCUGCAGGUCCUCCCAACGACAAAGUUGUCAUCUUAGGAGAUGGCAAUACUAAAGCUAUUUUUAACAAGGAAGAAGACAUUGCUACCUAUACUGUAAAGGCUGUUGAUGACCCAAAAACACUUAACAAAAUCCUCUACAUCAAACCUCCACAGAAUAUAAUUACGUUAAACGAGUUGGUAUCCUUGUGGGAGAAGAAAACUGGAAAGAACCUUGAAAGAAUAUAUAUACCAGAGGAACAAGCUCUCAAGAACAUACAAGAAGCCUCGGUUCCAUUGAAUGUGGGACUAUCGAUCUAUCACACUGCUUUUGUGAAGGGUGACCACACUAAUUUUGAAAUCGAACCAUCAUUUGGAGUAGAGGCAUCAGAGGUUUAUCCGGAUGUUAAAUAUACGCCGAUAGAUGAGAUUCUCAACCAGUAUGUCUGAAAAUGUAGAGUUCCUUCCUAUUAAGCAUAAGGUUUUGAUGCUCCAUAUGUAGCUCAUGGUUAGUGCUAUUCGUAUCAGCUUGGACCACUGUUGGUGAAUCCUCAUCUCCUCGAGGACAUCACUUAUGAUUUCUUUUUCAGUCAUUACUUCCAGUUUCCAAACAUGUUAGAGUUAGCUAGGGGUUUGUCCUAGCAACUCAUGUUAGUAGAGGCUUUGAGACAGUCAGUUAACUUUCAGCCAUGUUUUAUGUUGUCUCUUAGAUAUUAGACUCUGAGUAUUAUGGGCAUAUUUCGAUAUUUCUCAGUUUUAGCUUCCGCAUGUA